AUGGAAAAGACGCCGGAAUCGAUCCUCAUUGUGGGAUCGGGCCUGUUCGGGUUGAGCACGGCCUGGUCGCUCACCAAGCGACCCCGCUUCGAUGAGACACGCAUCACAGUGGUGGACAAUGCCAGCGCCGGGGGCGGGCGAUUCCCGCCCGAGGACAGCGCGAGCGUCGACGCCUCUCGCAUCGUGAGGGCCGACUAUGCCGACACACACUACUCGCGGCUCGGGGCGGAGGCGCAGGCGCUGUGGCGGCAGCAGGAGGAUGGCGAGGUGGGCGGCCAGGGACGGUACACGGAGAACGGGUUCCUCAUCAUGGCGAGCGACAUGACGACGUGGCCGCCGGCCGAGGUGGCUGCCGGCAAGAAGACGGGCAUGGACUAUGCGCGCACGAGCUGGGAGAACGUCAGUACGAUAGCGAGCGAGGCGGGUCAGCCCGAGAAGAUUGUCAAGCUGGGCAGCCGCCGCGAGCUGCAGGAGUACGUCGGCACUGAUGGCAACCCGGGGGACUGGGGGUACUUGAACAAGCUGUCGGGCUGGUCGGAUAACGGGGCCACCAUGCGCUGGAUGUACGAGCAGGUCCGGGCGACGGGGAGGGUGGAGUUUGUCGACGCCCAGGUGGCGGAGCUGGUGGCCGAGGGCCGCCGGGUGACGGGGGCCAAGCUGCGGGGUGAUGGCAGGAUCCUGACGGCCGACGUGGUGUUCGUGGCCGCAGGCGCGUGGACGGGGUCGCUCAUCGACAUGAGGGGUCGUGCUGAGGCGACGGGCCAGAUCCUGGGCUACAUCGACAUAUCCAAGGAGGAGGAGGAGCGGUUGCGCGACAACCCUACCAUCAUGAACCUCACUACGGGCAUGUUUAUCUUGCCGCCGCGCAACGGCAUGCUGAAGGUGGCACGUCACGGAUUCGGCUACCUCAACCCGCGAACCGUCACAAGGGCACUGCCGCCCGUCGCCUCCGCGUCGGACGAGCGCCCGGCCAUCGUCACCUCGGUCCCCAGGACGACGCGCGACGGCGAACUCAAGUCCAUGCCCGUCGAGGCCGCCAAGGGUCUCAGGCAGGCGCUCGUCGAUCUCUUGCCACGUGACAUGGGAAUGGAGACGAGGCCGUGGUGCAAGACGCGCCUAUGCUGGUACUCGGACACCCGUGACGCGGACUGGAUCGUCGACUGGCACCCCGGGUACGACGGACUGUUUGUCGCCACGGGUGAUAGUGGCCAUGGCUUCAAGUUCUUGCCUGUCAUCGGCGACAAGCUGACGGAUGUGUUCGAGGGCAAGGGCGGACCGUUUGCCGAAAAAUGGAGCUGGAAGGAGAUCGAGGAUGAUGGCGCCGGAAAGGUGAUUGAUGGAGUAUAUAAGGGUAUCAUUACCGAGGAUGGGAGCAGGGGAGGGCGUCGGGGGAUGAUUCUGGAUGAGGAGUUGGCGCGUAAGGGUGAAGGGGUCGCGGCGAAGCUGUAG